GCGCAUUGUUGUUAAGAGAAAUGGACUUUGUAACGCAGGCGAAGAAAAUGGGGGUUCGGUCGCUGCUUCUCCAGGGCCUGACGUUCCUCAGCGUGCUCACAUCGGCAUUCAUGAUCUGGAAGGGCAUGUCGCUGUUCACAAACAGCGAGAGCCCAGUGGUAGUGGUGCUGUCGGGCAGCAUGGAGCCAGCGUACUACCGCGGAGACAUUCUGUUUCCUGGACAACGGACAUUCGGCGAUCGAGGUUGGCGAGGUGGUGGUGACAUUCCGAUUGUGCACCGGGUGAUGAAGGUGCACACAGAGAGGGAGAACGGAAAGCAGUUUUUGCUAACCAAGGGCGACAAUAACCCGCUGUGGAUCCAGCGCGAUGAGAUCGUCGGGCGCGUCAAGGGAUUCGUGCCGUACGCGGGCAUGGGCACGAUUUGGAUGAACGACUAUCCGCAGCUGAAGAUGGGGCUGCUGGGGACGCUGUGCCUGCUGAGUCUGUUUAGCAACGAGUGA